AUGGCUGGAAGGGAAUGGCUCAACAUCCUGACUCUAAUGAGUCUUUUAACUGCAAACUCACAUGCUCAGCUGGAUGUAUGUGGGAUCACUCCAGUGAGAACGAGGAUCGUUGGAGGUGAAGACGCUCAAGAAGGAAGUUGGCCUUGGCAGGCCAGUCUGCAGUUUUUUGGCAGACAUAAUUGUGGUGGUUCUCUUAUAAACAAAGAGUGGGUGAUGUCUGCUGCCCACUGCUUCUCUGGCACAAGUACCUCUCAAUGGUCGAUUUCUCUUGGUCGUCAGAACCUGCAGGGCAACAACCCUAACGAAGUGUCCAGAACUGUUGACACAAUCAUUUUGCAUCCGGACUAUGACAGUUUUACCUCUGACAACGACAUCGCUCUGCUGAGACUUACCUCACCAGUCACAUUCACAGACUACAUCAGACCUGUGUGUCUGGCAGCCAGUAGCAGUAACUUCAUCAGUGCUACUGAUAGCUGGGUCACUGGUUGGGGAAGAAUCCAGGAGGGAGGUAAUGUCAUGGCCCUCCCCUUCCCUCAAACUCUACAAGAAGUGGAGGUUCCAGUUGUGGGAAACAGACAGUGUAACUGCCAGUAUGGUGUAGGUUCUAUUACAGACAACAUGAUCUGUGCUGGUUUACUUGAAGGAGGAAAAGAUGCGUGUCAGGGCGACUCAGGAGGUCCAAUGAUGAGCGAGCAGAAUUUAAUCUGGAUCCAGUCUGGAAUUGUCAGUUUUGGUAUUGGCUGUGCCAGACCUGAUCUGCCGGGAGUUUAUACCAGAGUGUCCCGCUACCAGUCCUGGAUCAACUCACACAUCAGUUCUGAUCAGCCGGGCUUUGUCCAGUUCACGUCUGAUGGGCUGGAUACUGACAGCAGCUUCACAUGCCCUGGUCUUCCUCCUCCUGUUACUCCUCCUGAAGACUCAUCUACGACCUCAGGUUCUGGUUUCUCAAGCGGUGAAGGACCAUCAAGGAACGACAUUCUGCGAGCAGGUGUAGACUUCUUUAUUUUGCAAAAAGAAAGUCUCUUACGGGUUGCUUUUCAGCCUUUCCGUUCUUCUCCUGCUCGCUUCUCCGCUCCUGCUUCUCAGCUGCAUGCGUCGUCGUCCUCCGUGCGCUCUCUUUCGCUCGGCAUUCGCUUCUCUCUGGCUCCUUCUCCUCACUCCGCCUCUCCCCCUCACGUCCGCUGCUGCCGCCCUCUUAUACAGUUCACGAGGAUUAUUAAAUUGUGCCCAGCUGAGCGCUCCACACACCUGGUGAUAAUUGCGGCGUCGAUCUCAGCGCGCUCCGCCUCGCUGCUCGCUCGCCGUCCAUGCUUCCUCGCCGCCAUCUUGGAGCGGGCACCGGUAAUCAAAGUAUGUGGGACUACUCCAGUGGGAACAAGGAUUGUUGGAGGUGAAGACGUUCAAGAAGGAAGUUGGCCUUGGCAGGCCAGUCUGCAGAAUUUUGGCAGCCAUGUUUGUGGUGGUUCUCUUAUAAACAAAGAGUGGGUGAUGUCUGCUGCCCACUGCUUCUUCAGCACAAAUACCUUUGGAUGGUCGGUUUCUCUUGGUCGUCAGAACCUGCAGGGCAUCAACCCAAACGAAGUGUCCAGAACUGUUGACACAAUCAUUUUGCAUCCGGACUAUGACACUGUUACCUUUGACAACGACAUCGCUCUGCUUAGACUUACCUCACCGGUCACGUUCACAGACUACAUCAGACCUGUGUGUCUGGCAGCCAGUAGCAGUAACUACAUCAGUGGUACUGAUAGCUGGGUCACUGGUUGGGGAACAGUCCAGGAGGGAGUGGCCCUCCCCUUCCCUCAAACUCUACAAGAAGUGGAGGUUCCAGUUGUGGGAAACAGACAGUGUAACUGCCAGUAUGGUGUAGGUUCUAUUACAGACAACAUGAUCUGUGCUGGUUUACUUGAAGGAGGAAAAGAUGCGUGUCAGGGCGACUCAGGAGGUCCAAUGAUGAGCGAGCAAAAUUUAAUCUGGAUCCAGUCUGGAAUUGUCAGUUUUGGUAUUGGCUGUGCCAGACCUGAUCUGCCGGGAGGUUAUACCAGAGUGUCCCGCUACCAGUCCUGGAUCAACUCACACAUCAGUUCUGAUCAGCCAGGCUUUGUCCAGUUCAGGUCUGAUGGGCUGGAUACUGACAGCAGCUUCACAUGCCCUGGUCUUCCUCUUCCUGUUACUCCUCCUGAAGACUCAUCUACAACCUCAGGUUCUGGUUUCUCAAGCGUAUGUGGGACCACUCCAGUGGAAACAAGGAUUGUUGGAGGUGAAGACGCUCAAGAAGGAAGUUGGCCUUGGCAGGCCAGUCUGCAGAAUUUUGGCAGCCAUGUUUGUGGUGGUUCUCUUAUAAACAAAGAGUGGGUGAUGUCUGCUGCCCACUGCUUCUUCAGCACAAAUACCUUUGGAUGGUCGGUUUCUCUUGGUCGUCAGAACCUGCAGGGCAUCAACCCAAACGAAGUGUCCAGAACUGUUGACACAAUCAUUUUGCAUCCGGACUAUGACAGUUUUACCUUUGACAACGACAUCGCUCUGCUUAGACUUACCUCACCAGUCACGUUUACAGACUACAUCAGACCUGUGUGUCUGGCAGCCAGUAGCAGUAACUACAUUAGUGGUACUGAUAGCUGGGUCACUGGUUGGGGAACAGUCCAGGAGGGAGUGGCCCUCCCCUUCCCUCAAACUCUACAAGAAGUGGAGGUUCCAGUUGUGGGAAACAGACAGUGUAACUGCCAGUAUGGUGUAGGUUCUAUUACAGACAACAUGAUCUGUGCUGGUUUACUUGAAGGAGGAAAAGAUGCGUGUCAGGUAGAUAACUUAUUUUCAUUUACCUCUUUGGUUUGAAGUAAUUCAAGUGAUUUGACACACGAUUCCUCUCCACACACUCAGGGCGACUCAGGAGGUCCAAUGAUGAGCGAGCAGAAUUUAAUCUGGAUCCAGUCUGGAAUUGUCAGUUUUGGUAUUGGCUGUGCCAGACCUGAUCUGCCGGGAGGUUAUACCAGAGUGUCCCGCUACCAGUCCUGGAUCAACUCACACAUCAGUUCUGAUCAGCCAGGCUUUGUCCAAUUCAGGUCUGAUGGGCUGGAUACUGACAGCAGCUUCACAUGCCCUGGUCUUCCUCUUCCUGUUACUCCUCCUGAAGACUCAUCUACGACCUCAGGUUCUGGUUUCUCAAGCGGUGAAGGUUCGGAAGAAUUAUGUGGGACCACUCCAGUGGGAACAAGGAUUGUUGGAGGUGAAGACGCUCAAGAAGGAAGUUGGCCUUGGCAGGCCAGUCUGCAGAAUUUUGGCAGCCAUGUUUGUGGUGGUUCUCUUAUAAACAAAGAGUGGGUGAUGUCUGCUGCCCACUGCUUCUUCAGCACAAAUACCUUUGGAUGGUCGGUUUCUCUUGGUCGUCAGAACCUGGAUGGCAUCAACCCAAACGAAGUGUCCAGAACUGUUGACACAAUCAUUUUGCAUCCGGACUUUGACACUGUUACCUUUGACAACGACAUCGCUCUGCUUAGACUUACCUCACCAGUCACGUUUACAGACUACAUCAGACCUGUGUGUCUGGCAGCCAGUAGCAGUAACUACAUCAGUGGUACUGAUAGCUGGGUCACUGGUUGGGGAACAGUCCAGGAGGGAGUGGCCCUCCCCUUCCCUCAAACUCUACAAGAAGUGGAGGUUCCAGUUGUGGGAAACAGACAGUGUAACUGCCAGUAUGGUGUAGGUUCUAUUACAGACAACAUGAUCUGUGCUGGUUUACUUGAAGGAGGAAAAGAUGCGUGUCAGGGCGACUCAGGAGGUCCAAUGAUGAGCGAGCAGAAUUUAAUCUGGAUCCAGUCUGGAAUUGUCAGUUUUGGUAUUGGCUGUGCCAGACCUGAUCUGCCGGGAGGUUAUACCAGAGUGUCCCGCUACCAGUCCUGGAUCAACUCACACAUCAGUUCUGAUCAGCCGGGCUUUGUCCAGUUCAGGUCUGAUGGGCUGGAUACUGACAGCAGCUUCACAUGCCCUGGUCUUCCUCUUCCUGUUACUCCUCCUGAAGACUCAUCUACAACCUCAGGUUCUGGUUUCUCAAGCGGUGAAGUAUGUGGGACCACUCCAGUGGGAACAAGGAUUGUUGGAGGUGAAGACGCUCAAGAAGGAAGUUGGCCUUGGCAGGCCAGUCUGCAGAAUUUUGGCAGCCAUGUUUGUGGUGGUUCUCUUAUAAACAAAGAGUGGGUGAUGUCUGCUGCCCACUGCUUCUUCAGCACAAAUACCUUUGGAUGGUCGGUUUCUCUUGGUCGUCAGAACCUGGAUGGCCUCAACCUAAAUGAAGUGUCCAGAACUGUUGACACAAUCAUUUUGCAUCCGGACUAUGACACUGUUACCUUUGACAACGACAUCGCUCUGCUUAGACUUACCUCACCGGUCACGUUUACAGACUACAUCAGACCUGUGUGUCUGGCAGCCAGUAGCAGUAACUACAUCAGUGGUACUGAUAGCUGGGUCACUGGUUGGGGAACAGUCCAGGAGGGAGUGGCCCUCCCCUUCCCUCAAACUCUACAAGAAGUGGAGGUUCCAGUUGUGGGAAACAGACAGUGUAACUGCCAGUAUGGUGAAGGUUCUAUUACAGACAACAUGAUCUGUGCUGGUUUACUUGAAGGUGGAAAAGAUGCGUGUCAGGGCGACUCAGGAGGUCCAAUGAUGAGCGAGCAGAAUUUAAUCUGGAUCCAGUCUGGAAUUGUCAGUUUUGGUAUUGGCUGUGCCAGACCUGAUCUGCCGGGAGGUUAUACCAGAGUGUCCCGCUACCAGUCCUGGAUCAACUCACACAUCAGUUCUGAUCAGCCAGGCUUUGUCCAGUUCAGGUCUGAUGGGCUGGAUACUGACAGCAGCUUCACAUGCCCUGGUCUUCUUCCUCCUGUUAUUCCUCCUGAAGACUUAUCUAUGACCUCAGGUUCUGGUUUAUCAAGCGUUGAAGGUUCGUCCCCUGAGUGA